CGGCGGUUGAGCCUGGCGUCAGGGAGAAGGGCAAAACGGUAGUGACGUCACUGGGCCAGAGCCUUCGUGCCCCGCGUUGGUUUUCUUCCAGAGCCAAGGGGAGAGGAGUUCAGAAGGAAGCCGGCAGGCUCAGAGGAGGAGGUCGGCAGCUGCUGGGCUGCGACACUCCCAUCCCCCACCACCUGUCCACGCUUGCCGCCAUGCCGCUCCCUGCCGCCCUCCAGUCCCGCCUCGCCAAGCGAGGGCUCCUCAAGCUGGUGGAACCCGAGCCGGAGGAAGAAAUCAUUGCCGAGGACUACGACGACGACAUCGUGGACUACGAGGCCACCCGGCUCGAAGGCCUGCCCCCGAAUUGGUACAAAGUCUUCGACCCGGUGUGCGGCCUCCCCUACUACUGGAACGUGGAGACGGACCUCGUGUCCUGGCUCAACCCCCGCGACCCCAGCUCGGUCAUCACCAAGGCGGCCAAGAAACUCAAGGGCAGCUUGGAGGCCGAAGAGAAGAUGGACUGCGGCCACGAGAAGCCCGAGUGCAGCUACGAAAGGCCCGAGCGUGGCUACGACAAGCCGGAGAGGGACGAGGCCAAGGAGCGGCGCCACCAUCGCCGGGGCGAGCUGGCCCCCUACCCCAAGAGCAAGAAGCCCAUUCGCAAGGAUGAAGAGCUGGAUCCCAUGGACCCCAGCACCUAUUCGGACGCCCCCCGGGGCACCUGGUCCACGGGUCUCCCCAAGAAGAACGAGGCGAAGACGGGCGCAGACACCACGGCGGCUGGACCCCUGUUCCAGCAGCGCCCAUACCCUUCCCCGGGCGCGGUGCUUCGGGCCAACGCCGAGGCUUCCAGGGCCAAGCAGCAGGACUGAGCCGACCCCCAACCUUCCCGGGAUCCACCACCUUUGUUUUCAUAAUAAGUGAAAUUUUUUUGGGGGGGGGAGGAAGGAAAGGGGAUGGGAGGUGGGGUGGGGUGAGGUAAGGAAAAGAAGACCAGACCGUAGAGUGUGCAGUGACAGCAGCACCUGCCGGACCUGUUGAAAGAGUUUAAACGCUGUUCAAGUGUUUAAAGACCUGUUUAAACACUCCCACCAAAAUGGGAGAUGGGACGAAAUAUUGACUGCGACUGUCGGCAUUUUUUAGAGAAGUUUUGCCAAUGCAGACCAGUCCACGAAGGAGGUAACACAAUUCUCAUGGCCUUCAAGGGUGACUUUUAAAAUAUUUCUGAAAGGAAUUCUAAGCUUUAACAAUGAAAGGAACUAUGGACAUCAUCUGAGGAUUUCUUAGCAAAGGACCUCCUGGAGAGAAGAAAACAAUGUCUUUGACCAAGCCUCCUAGUAGACCCAACUGAAUUCUUGGUUCAAGGAGCAGCAAGAGAAAAGCCCAUCACAAACCCAAACCUUGCUCUUUAUUAGCAUUAUAUCCUUUUUUCUGCUGUAUCCUGGCACAGAAGUACUUGUGCACAAGUGUACGUGGGGGCCAUAUUCUAAUUUUCGAGAAACCCUGGGUGGGAAACAAAAACUAAAAAGUGAUUUGUAACCUGCAUCCAAGAUUGAACCCAGUCUUUGUAAAAUCAAAGUUAUGGAUCUGAAUCUUGGAUUUACAGUUGUUAAAACAGGACAUUUGAAUAGAGAUUUUAUUUUCCGAAGAACUUUCAUUUUUAACGGUCCCCCUAGCUGUCAGUGCUUUCUUUUCAAAUCGUCAAAUACUGUAUACUUAUCUAGUUUGACUUUUGUAUCCCCCAGUAGAAUUUAAGGUUCUUGAGGAACUAUUUUUUUCUGUGUAUUUUCAUUUGCCUAGUCCAGUGCCUUAAGCUUAGUAGGCAUAUAAUAAAUGUUUGUU